AUGGAAGACGACAAUGCGGAGGAUAUGGAGGUGGAAGUCUUGUCUUCGAUGUGGCCGGAAGACAUUGACGCCGCCGGAAAAAAGUUCAACCUUGAAAAACCAGGCGCCGAUCAAGAUUUAUUAGAGGAUGUCACUUUCAUCGAAGAGCCAACUAUCGUUGAUUUCCAAAGACUGCUCGAGCUCACAAAUUACAGCGAAAAAGGGUCAUCUCAGUUAUCGUAUCUCGUAAAAAACUGGGAAUGGAAACAAGAAAACGCAGUGCGACUUCUAAGAGAAGAACUAGAGAAUUUAAGCAAACAACAACACGAAGUUGAAUUGAAGAAAUUGGAGAUCUUGGAAGAACAUCGAUUUGAAGAUGAUAGUUACGGGGGUGAUAAACGCCCGAUUUCUAUACUCGAUGAAGUUUAUGAGAUUAUUCCAGAUGUUCCAAAACGACGAAAUGAUGUGAUUUAUCAAGAUCAAAGAUUGGAAAUUGAUGGGGAAGAUGAUACAGAUACUGUUAAGUAUUGGAAACAACGAGCUUUGAAUUUGGAGAAAUUGUUGGAAUUAAGCGUGAAUAGGGAACAGAUUUUAUUGGAGAAAUUGGAGGAAAGUAUUGAAAAGCUCGAGAAACAAUCAUCCCCAGUUGAAGAACUUUCGCAAAUCUUGAAAAGAGCAGAUAAUUUUUUACAUUUUGUUCUUCAAAAUGCGCCUGUUGUUAUUGGUCAUCAAGAUAAAGAUUUGAGAUAUCGCUUUAUUUAUAAUCAUUUUCCAAGUUUGGGAGAGGAGGAUAUUAUUGGGAAAACAGACGUGGAGAUAUUCAAAGGUGGUGGAGUUAAGGAAUCCCAAGAUUUCAAAAGGGAAGUUCUUGAAAAAGGAAUACCAGGAAAAAGAGAAAUUACAUUUGAGACCGAAUUAUUUGGAGCCAAAACAUUUUUGAUAUACGUUGAGCCUGUUUUUAGCAAAGAAGGAGAGACAAUUGGUGUGAAUUAUAUGGGAAUGGAAAUAACCGAUCAAGUGAGAAGGAGAGAAAAAAUGGCAAAGCUUAGAGAAGAAAUAGCAGUGCAAAAGGCCCGGGAAACCGAACUCAACAAGACUAUUCAUAUAACAGAGGAGACAAUGAGAGCAAAACAGAUGUUAGCAACCAUGUCACAUGAGAUAAGAUCUCCUUUAUCAGGAGUUGUAAGCAUGGCAGAGAUUUUAUCAACAACAAAACUCGAUAAAGAUCAAAAGCAACUCUUGAGUGUCAUGUUAUCUUCGGGUGAUUUAGUUCUUCAACUUAUAAAUGACAUUCUUGACCUCUCAAAAGUCGAAUCAGGUGUUAUGAAGCUUGAAGCUACAAAGUUUAGGCCUCGUGAGGUGAUCAAGCAUGUACUACAAACUGCUGCAGCAUCACUGAAAAAGAUGCUAAUUUUGGAAGGAAAUGUAGCAGAUGAUGUCCCUAUUGAGGUUAUUGGUGAUGUUCUACGAAUUCGACAAAUUCUCACCAACUUGAUCAGCAAUGCUGUGAAAUUUACUCACGAAGGGAAGGUUAAGAUAAAUCUUUAUAUAAUACCAGACCCAUGUUCAGAAAGUCAACAAAAGUCAGAGUUCGAUAUGGAAGAGUCUGAAUCGCAUGAAAGAGUGGUGUGGAUACGUUGCGAUGUUGAAGAUAGUGGAAUCGGAAUCCCAGAAACCGCGUUACCAUCGUUAUUCAAGAAAUACAUGCAAGCUGGUGCUGAUACGGCUCGGAAAUAUGGUGGGACCGGAUUAGGUUUAGCCAUCUGCAAACAACUGGUUGAGCUUAUGGGAGGAAGUCUCACAGUUUCUAGCAAAGAACACUGCGGAUCUACAUUCACGUUUGUUCUACCCCACAAAAUUCCACAUGCGUGCGAAAGUUCAGAUGAAACCGAUGAUUUUAAAGAUAUGGAUGACAACACAUCCACAGAAGACGAUGAAAAUUGUGGAUUUUUCCAAUUCAAACCCCGGACUCUAGGCUCGUUGUUCUCCUCUAACGGGUCGGGUCGGGCCCACGGGUUAACGGGAACCGAACUCAAUUUUGAAAAGAGUAAUUCGGAGAAUAAUUAUAGCACAAAGUAUGAUUCGUUUGAUCAUGAUCAUCCGUUUCACGAUCCUUGUAUCCAAAAAAACCGGCCCUUGAAUCCGGAUGCACAGAGGAUACAUUCUAACGGAAACUCGGGGGGUAUUUCGGGAAACGUGCAUGAAAAAACCAAAUCAUUGAGGCCGAAGAUUCUUCUUGUUGAAGAUCAUGUUGUGAAUGUGAUGGUAGCAAAGCGGAUGAUGAGACAAUUGAAUCAAGAUAUGGAUGUUGUGAAUAACGGGGUUGAAGCAGUGCGAGCUUUUCAACGUUGUGAUUAUGGUCUCAUUCUUAUGGAUGUAUGUAUGCCGGUAAUGGAUGGUCUUCAAGCUACACGGUUGAUCCGGUCAUAUGAGAAAACCGGCAAUUGGGAUGAAGCGCGGUUAGCUGGAGUUGAGUUAUCUGGCGAUCACAUACCCAAGGAACAAAGAAGGAGAAUUCCCAUCAUUGCGAUGACUGCAAAUGCAAUGUCAGAAAAUGCAGAAGAAUGUUUUGCGAAUGGUAUGGACUCAUUUAUAACAAAACCAGUUACUCUUCAAAACUUAAAACAAUGUCUUGAACAAUAUUUGCCAUAAUAUAUGGCGAUUUGUAAAUAUAUAUAUUUUUUUGUGUAUUUGUAUAGCUAGAAAAGUUUUGUCGUCACCUUUUUAUUUUGUGUAUUUGAGUUGUGUUUUUGUCCUCCAAAUUCCAUUUUUAGAGGGUUUGAAUGGAUAAAUGUCGAGUUACACCUCAUAACAAAAUAAGCUACC